AUGCGCAGAAAUAUGAGUGAACCAGCAGUGAAAUGGAGAAAAAAAAGAACAAAAUUGGAAAUGGACAGUGGUAGCUCUGCCUCAAGCAGUGCCAGUAGUACACCUAGCAUGCAAAAGAAAAGAAGUGUACCUAAGGGUUCCAACUGGGCACCAUUGGUAACAGGCAACCAUGAAGACUUUGAAAAUAUGGCAUCUGAAUUGAAAGACUAUAUCAAUAGUGGUCAGAAUGACAUUGAUCACAUUGACUAUAUCAUGCAAAAGACUUUUCCCCUUCGUCGGAGUCUUGUAAAUACUGGUCCACCGAUACAAACAAUCUUAGAGGAGUACCCAGCACUCAAAAUAGUUGAGGUAUGUCCGAAGGAAAUGACCCGUUUGACAUGUGUAGACGCUAUGAAAAUUUUCAAGACAAACCUCACAAAGAUUCCAGAAAAUGUUAUGAACAUUAUUAAGAACAAAAAAAAGAAGACUGAAAGAUCUGAUGCAAUAAUUAAUAGAUUGGACUGUGUGAUUGCUGAUCUGGAUGAAAUAACUCCCAAAUCUGUAUUUGUUCACAAACUCAUUGCUUCAUGUUUGAUGUUGCCACACCUCUUUGACGAAGAUGAUGGUUCCUUCAUCAAAGAAAUCAGUACUGAUGAAAACUUGAUGGAAUUAGUGAAGUGCGGACCAAGGACACCUUUUAUAAUUGCCAUCAAACCAUUUGACAGUAAAAACAGGAUAUUUUACAUCGCUGUAGAGGGCAACAUUAUUUUGAAUAACAAAGACAUUCUGGAGGCAGUUUUUCUGCUUAUGUCCACCUACUGGAUAUUCUAUAUUGAAUAUCCAAUAAAAGCAAGACAUACAUACCAGUUUUUGCAGCAUUUUGCUUUACAAUUGUCAUUUGGAGAGACUCCAGCAAAGAAAGUGAUUACAAUUGCUCAAAAGGUAUCAAUAUGA